AUGGACGACUCGCCGACAGAGGUACGCACGGACGGGAACUCUCUGCUGAAGGCCGUGUACCUGAGCCGUCUGAGGCUGACACGCCUCCUGCUCGAGGGCGGGGCCUACAUCAACGAGAGCAACGAGCGAGGCGAGACUCCACUCAUGGUGGCCUGCAGGACCCAUCACUCGGACGCACAGAGCGUGCCCAAGGCCAAGAUGGUCAAAUACCUGCUUGAGAGUGAUGCAGACCCAAACAUUCAGGACAAGAGUGGAAAGACGGCUCUGAUGCACGCUUGCAUGGAGCGGGCAGGCGUGGAGGUGUUGUCCUUGCUGCUGUCCAGCGGAGCUGACCCCAGCCUGGAGGACCACUCCGGCUCGUCCGCCCUGGUCCACGCGGUGAACUCGGGGGACAAGGACGCCCUGAGGGUGCUGCUGGACGCCUGCAAAGCCAAGGGCAAGGAGGUCAUCAUCAUCACCACAGACAAGCUGCCGUCUGGCCGACAGAUGACCAAGCAGUACCUGAACGUCCCGCCACCGCCGGACCUAGAGGACCGCUUGCACUGCACCCCGGCCUCUUGCAUGUCGCCGUCUGAGAUCCAGCUUUGCACCCCACCUCACCCCUUGUGCAGUGCCCUGCCUGAGUGCCAGCGACUCGGGCAGAGGGACCCUCCGGGCCUGACCUGCUCUUCUGGCGCGGGCACGUCGCAGCCCGGCUCGCCGACGCACAACCCCACUCCCCCGAACCCCGCGCCGGCCCCGGGGGUGGCCAAGCUCCUGCACCUCCAGAGGCUGCACUCGGAGCCGUGGCUGAAGAUCCCUCCGUCUCUGCUGCUGCAGCAGAGCAAAGGGGCCUCCCUGGCCGAGGAGCUCCAGGACAUCACGCCCGAGGAGGAGCUGGCCUUCCAGAUGAACGGCCUGCCCUACUCCAGGAGGACCCUGGCCGCCUCGCGCCACCAGAGCGUCGACGCCAAGGACGGCGGCGGUCCGCUGCGGGCCCUGGAGCACGCCAGCAGGGGCGAGAGAGAGCAGGCCGGCGGAGCCAGGGCCCUGCUGAGCAGGAAGAUGUCCUACGACAGCGCCGCGUCUCUCCAGCACUUCGCGUCGCACCACAACCUCGGCCGGGAGGGGGGCGCCGUGGCGGGGGGCGCCGUGGAGGGGGGCGCUCCCGCGGACCGAGACGUCGCCGCCGCCGCCGACUGCCUCCCCAACCUCGCCGUGUCCAGCUUGCGCAACGUGGUGCGCCGGCGGAACAUCGGGAUGGACCACUACAGCUCCGACUCCCAGCUGCCCCAGUUCAGCGGCCAGAGCUCCGAGGGGUCGGCGGGGUCGGCGGGGUCGACGGGGUCGGCGUCCGAGAAGCGCAAGCUGGUCCCGAGCCGCUCGUCCACCCUGUCGGGCUCCAGGGAGUCGCUGGAGGGCCUUCCCCAGAGGAGAGCUGCGGCCGGCGGGAUGCUGGAGCGCAGGGGCUCUGGAGCUCUGCUGCUGGACCACAUCGCCCAGACGCGGCCCGGGUACCUGCCCCCGCUCAACCCGCACGCGCCCAUCCCCGACAUCAAGGUCAACUCCUCCGCUCUAUCUGUCGGACCGGCGAGCGGGUGCAAACUUGUGGCCACUGGGGUUCCGAUCGCUUCCCCUGGACUUGCGCCGACGGCGCCCAAACCGUUCCUGCCGUUCGCCCCGAAUCUCCCCCGAGAUGCCAAGGCCAAGAAGACCCUGCUGAGGCGUCACUCCAUGCAGACAGAGCAGAUCAAGCAGCUGGUCAACUUUGAAGAGAUCUUUGGCCAGUAA